UCACUACCCUUUUCCAAAUAAAACGCUGACAACCCUAAGGUUCAAACCAGAAGCUUUAGAGAUGAACACCAUAGCAAGGCAAGUGAGUAGUCUGUUGACGCGCCCGAGUCAGAGUAUAAACUCAGUGCAUUGUCAGCAUCAUCAGGUCCAACAAUGGAGGGGUAUUCGAGUGAAGGUGCGGAACGGGAACCUGGAGCAAGCCUUGAUGUGGAUGCAGCGGAAGAUGCAAUCUAGCGGGAUCGAACGGCUGUUAAAGCGCCAAAAGACUCGCCACAUCAAGAACUCGGAGAAGCGAGUGUUGGCACGCAAGAUUCUCGAGCGUAAGAUUCGGUCUCAGGACCUGGCGCGCAAGCUCAAAGCCAUCCUGGUCAAGAAAGUCAGGGGUCUAUGAGGGGAAUGUUUGAGUUAAUUCAUUGAUGAACAAGAGGGUGUUGUAUAAGGUGCUAUUAGUUGCAGGUGUUUUCCAUCUCUUCUUCCAUUCCAGGUUUUGCAGAUCCAUUGGCUUGGCAACUUGCAUUGCCUCUGUAAUCAUCAUACAGACAUACUCAGUUGAGUUAGCUUCUUUUGUUUUUUUUAUGAAUUAAUUUCUUUUGAAACUUGAUGCUUGAAUGCAUUGGAUGAGAAACAUGAAAGUAGUCUCCCCAUGAUAACCUCAAGAACAUUUCCAAGUUUUUGGUAUUGUUGGCUGCAAUUGAGAUGUGAUAGAUUGAUCCCCUAAAUAACAAUAUUCCCAUUUGUGUGGGAUCUGACAAGUUAUCUAAUGAA